AUGGAUGUGACCGCCGCUGCCGAUCCGAUCGUCAUUGACAGUUUUGCAGCGUUCACAUUGGGCAUCAUCGUCUAUUUCCUCGGAGCAAAGCUCACCAAGCGGUUUUCGCUACUUUCCUCCUACAGCAUUCCCGAGCCCGUGAGCGGAGGUCUGGCGGCUGCGUUUUGCGCUCUGGUGAUCGUGGUUGCGACCGGUCGCACGAUUGAAUACGACCUCUCGGUCCGCGACUUUCUGCUGGUCUAUUUUUUCACAACGGUUGGAUUGAAUGCGAGGGUUUCCGAUCUGGCACGUGGCGGGCCGAUCCUCGCGGUCAUGCUCGCACUGACCCUGGUGUUCAUGCUCGUUCAAAAUGGCGUUGGUGCAGCCGGGGCACUGCUUUUCGGCAUGCCGUCCCAGUCCGGUGUCCUUCUGGGCACGGCUUCCCUGAUCGGCGGUCACGGAACGGCGAUUGCCUGGGGUCCCACGAUCGCCUCCCAGUACGGAGUGGCCGGUGCAGCAGAACUUGGCAUUGCCUCCGCGACCGUCGGGCUUAUUCUGGCGAGCAUUCUUGGUGGUCCGAUUGCAAAGUAUCUGAUCACGAAGAACAGCUUGACGGCGUCGGAUGGCGAGGAUGCGGACGAACCGCACGAGGCGGCGGCGACCGACGAGACCCGUUCAGCGAUCAACCACGUUGAAAUCAUGCGCUGCAUCCUCUGGAUCCAUGUUGCGAUCGUCAUCGGCUACUCGGCCCAUGAAAGCCUCUUGGCAGCCGGACUAAAGCUGCCGUUGUUCGUACCAUGCCUGAUCUCGGGCAUUGUCCUGUCGAAUGUUGUUCCGCUCAUAUUCAGGAAGGCAAGGGCCCCGGCCGGAACCCAGUCGAUGGAUCUCAUCAACGAGUUCAGUCUUUCGGUGUUCCUGUCCAUGUCGCUGAUGAGCAUGGAGCUCUGGACCCUUGCCGGCAGCGCGGGUGUCCUUGCCGUGACCAUGCUGUUGCAGGCGGCUGCGGCGACCGUUUUCAUAGUGCUGGUCGUUUUCAGGGUCAUGGGGCGCAAUUAUUUUGCAGCCGUCCUGUCGGCCGGUUUCGCCGGUUUUGCACUCGGUGCGACCCCCACCGCAAUUGCAAACAUGAAAGCGGUGACGCAGCGCUAUGGGCCGUCUCCGCUUGCUUUCAUCGUAUUGCCGCUGAUUUCCGCAUUUUUUGUCGAUCUGGCGAACGCGUUCAUCAUUCAGUGGUUCCUGGGGCUUGGCUGA